AUGUCGUUCACCGAAGGAGCCCCAGCUCACGGCAGAGUUGCGCAUUUGCUCCCUCAGACCUACAAGCGUCAGGUCUCGGAAUGGCUGGAAGAGGACACGCCAAGCCUUGACUAUGGCGGCUUCGUGGUGGGUGAGGAGAUGGCGGAGGCGAGGUUGUUGGGCAAGAGCAAGGGCGUGCUGGCCGGAGUGCCUUUCUUUGACGAGGUCUUCAAACAGCUCGACUGCACAGUGGAAUGGCACAUCCAAGAAGGCGAGGCUUUCGAGCCCGUAAAACACUGUGCCACGGUGAGAGGACCAGUCAGGAAGGUCCUUCUUGGUGAGAGAGUCGCCCUCAACACUCUGGCAAGAUGCUCCGGCAUCGCCACGAAAUCCUCCUCUCUGCUUGUCCUUCUGCGCGCCGCCGGCUACCGCAACACGCUCGCUGGCACGCGCAAAACGACCCCCGGUUUCCGGCUGGUCGAGAAGUACGGCAUGCUGGUGGGUGGGUGCGACGCGCACCGGCACGACCUGUCGACGAUGACGAUGCUGAAGGACAACCACAUCUGGGCGUGCCAGGGCUCCAUCACCAAGGCCGUGCACGCCGCCAAGGCUGCUGGUGGCUUUAGCGUCAAGGUCGAGGUCGAGUGCCAGUCGUUCGCAGAGGCGGACGAGGCCAUCGCGGCGGGCGCAGACGUCGUCAUGUUAGACAACUUCACCGGAGAUGGCGUGAAGAAGUGCGCGCGGCAGCUGAAGGAGAAGUGGGGCCGGGGCAAGGCGCUGGUGGAGGUCAGUGGCGGCUUGACCGAGGAGAAUGUCGAAGCGUAUGUGUGCGACGAUGUGGAUGUGGUCAGCACGAGCAGCAUACACCAGGGCGUCAAGCAUGUGGAUUUCUCGCUGAAGAUUGUGCCGAAGGGGCAGACCAAGAAGGGUGGAGAGACGGUGGAUGUAUGA